GAGGCGGGGCGGCGGGGAGGCGGCGGGCGGCCGCGCGGCUGGCCAGUAUCGCCGAGAACUCCGAGACCGCCGAGCUGCGAGUGCGGAGGGUCUGGGGCGGCGGCCGCGGGACUGCGCCGGGCCAUGGCACCGCCUGUGACAGGGGAAAGGAGCCCCUCAGAGGAAGGCGACCCCCAGGACCCGCCGGUGUCCCCCAGUCCCGACAGUGAGCAGAGCAGGAGCCAGAGCCCCACCCGGCUGCAGGACUCCCCUGAGGCAGGCGGGGAGCGGGAGGAGGAGCAGGCCUUCCUGGUCAGCCUCUACAAGUUCAUGAAGGAGCGACACACGCCCAUCGAGAGGGUGCCCCAUCUCGGCUUCAAGCAGAUUAACCUGUGGAAGAUCUACAAGGCCGUGGAGAAGCUGGGGGCCUAUGAACUGGUGACCGGCCGGCGCCUCUGGAAGAACGUGUACGACGAGCUGGGGGGCAGCCCGGGCAGCACGAGCGCCGCCACCUGCACUCGCCGACACUAUGAGAGGCUGGUCCUCCCGUAUGUGCGGCAUCUGAAGGGGGAGGAGGACAAGCCGCUGCCUCCCUCCAAGCCCAAGAAGCAGUACAAGAUGACCAGAGACCCUCGCGGGGAUGACGGUGCUGUGGAGAGAGCCAGGAAGGCCAAGGAGGAGAAGCUGGGAGACCAGAUGCCGCCUGGGAAGACCAAAGCAGAACCGACCACCAACCCGGCGCAGCUGUGUGGCCCAGAGCCUGCCGGGGAGCGUGCGGAGCAGCCGGGCCCCAGCCGUGCGCCCUCGCUGCCCCCUGACAGCACCGGCGGCUGCCCCGAGGCCUACCAGAGGCUCCUGUCCAGCUUCUACUGCAAAGGGACACAUGGCAUAAUGUCCCCACUGGCUAAAAAGAAACUGCUGGCCCAGGUGAGCAAGGCUGGGGCCUUGCAGUGCCGGGAGGAGGUCUGCCAGCACGGGGCAGGAGACCCUCCCCGGCAGCUCCCAGCACGGCCGGCGGCCUGCCCCCCGGAGCGCCCCCAGAGCCCAGGAGCAGCAGUGGAGGAGGCCAGGCAGAAGCCGGGAGCGCAGGAGGCAGCGCCGGGCCCUGGGGAGGAGGCGCCCGUGGGCCCCGGCCCACCCGCCCCUGUCUUCACCGGCUGCUUCCACACCUGCCCCACCGAGGUGCUGAAGCCCAUCAGCCGGCACCCCCGGGACUUCCCCAGCCUUAAAGAUGGGGUGCUAUGGGGGCCCUGUGGGGGCAGCAAAGAGGGGUCCCGGCUGGUGUGGGGUGGGGAUGCCAGCCGCCCUUCUGCCUUCCACAGAGGUGGCUCCCGGGACAGCAGUCCCUACCCCAAGCCCAAAGCCUGCUGGGUGGCCCCCAUGGCCAAAGCCCCUGCCGAGAGCCCCGCGCCCCUUCCCGCCUUCCCGGGCGGCCCCGGCAGCAAGCGCCGCCUGGAGGAGGAGGGUGAUACCCAUGGGGGCAAGAAACUGCGGGCGGUGUCCCCCUUUCUGAAGAAGCUGGACACCGAGGAGUGUGAGGCCAAGCCUGCGGGGCCUGACCUGGCUGUGUCCUGCCUCCUAGGCCCCGCCUCGGCGCCCAGCCUGCCCGAGGCCUACAGGGGCACCAUGCUGCGCUGCCCACUCAACUUUACUGGCAGCCUGGACCCCCUAAAGGGCCAGGCCACCUUCCCCUUCAGCCCUCUGGUCAUCCCAGCCUUCCCAGCCCACUUCCUGACCUCCACUGCGCCCCUGCCCAUGGCCACUGGCCUGCAGCACUUCCCCCCGGCCCCUUUCGACAGUGCCCUUCGCCACAGACUGUACCCAGGCUCGUCUCCCUGGCACGUGCCACCUGCCACUACCUACGCCGCACCCCACUUCCUCCACCUCAACACCAAGCUGUAGGCACGCCCGCCGCUCGGGUGGAGGACUGAGCUGGGCUGCGGGCGCUGCCGGGGGCUCGGGCUGGGGCUGUCCCUGGUGUGGGACAGGGACUCUGGGCCCCGGGGCCCGGGCUGGGACAGCCUAUCUUGGAGAAGUCGCCAGGACAGGGGGGUCUGUGUGGUUAAGUCUGGGGAGGUGACUUAACCUCCCCACUGGGCAGGGCCGGAAGCUUCCCACUGGGCCCCUGAGCAGAAGAUGAGAACGAACGGGGGGCAGGAGGCCGCGCGCGGAGAAUCCAAUAAAGGAGCCAUG